AGGCUUGAGAUUUGUUCCUUCUCUGGUCACAAGAUCUAUCCUGCCAAGGGUAAGACUUACACUUUCCGUUUCAUCAACGGUAAGGCUGCCUCUUACUUCCUUCAACGUUUGAACCCCCGUAAGAUCAGAUGGACUGUUAUCUACCGUCGUUUGAACAAGAAGGGUAUCACCGAAGAAGUCCAAAAGAAGCGUUCUCGUCGUACUGUCAAGCACGAACGUGCUGUUGUUGGUGCCUCUUGGGAUGCUAUCCGUGCUAAGCGUAACCAAAAGCCUGAUGCUCGUGCUGCUGCUCGUCAAGCUGCUAUCACCAAGUCCAAGGAAGCCAAGAAGGCCGCUGCUGCUGCCAAGAAGGCUGCCAACCCUGCUGGCUCUCAACCUAAGGUUAGCAAGCAACAAGCCAAGGGUUUCGCUCCUAAGGCCGCUGCCACCUCUCGUUAA